AUGAAAAUGAUGGGAAUGAAUAAAUGUAAAAGAAGCGCGCACGAAAACCAGUACAACCAAUAUCCCAAAAAGCUACCACAGAAAACCAACAGUCGCAGCGUGUUAACGCAGAGACAACAUUCGCCCGCCCUUGCUCUUCUUCGCUCCAGCCAAGAAGUUACGACCAGCGGCCAUGACUCCGUGCGAGUAUCCAGUCACCGGCUGAAGCUUUGGGGCGCAAAGAAGGGGAUAUCAUUAUCGUCCAUUUUGGUUACGCAGGGUACAGGCGGUGAAAGCGAAUAUGCGCUCGACGGCAAAGACAGUCUCUUGACACUGUGUUUUUCUGAGGAAAACACUGGCGGCGGUGAAGGCGGGCUCGUAGUGCGAAAGCAAAAGGAGAGCGUGUACAGCGUGAGGGCAAAGCCAAGAAGAACUGCAAAUGCGAUGGCGACGCGCCAAGCAGAGAGCAAUAGUGAAGGGUGGGCGACGUUGCUAACGGGCGGCAUUCUUGAAAAUAGCUUGAUGGUGGUGGUUGCGGUUGAAGUGGUAGUUGGCACACUUGAUAAGGAUGGAUCGAGAUGCGGGAAAUGCCGCAGGCAGUUCUACGGCAACUUCCGUUCCUUCCUUCGUCAUGUUUUGUACUUUUUGUAUACCAGAUUGCAAGGUGUACUUUGCCCGUUACCCACUAUACACAUGUGUCUGGACAUAGUAUGUAAGGAGCUAGAAAACCAGGCUCAGCACUGGCAGAACUUGAUUGGUACCACUGCCGUCCCAAGCCAUGAACUUGUUCGCUACCAAGAGAGUAACUUAAGGAAGCAAGAUACACGCAUGAGGGGACUCAAAAAUAUGGCAGAGAUUGGCAAAUAGAAGCCGAAAAAUCAACUGAGCACAGCCUAGGCGAUGUCGUCGCAAGUCAGCAAUGG